AUGCGGGCGGCCGCGCGUGGACAGCGCCUCGAUUGGCAGGGCGGCCGCAGGUACCUGGGGAGAAGGCCAAUGGCGGGGAAGGGGCGGGGCCGCGGGGCGGGGCGGCGGCUGAGGGGAGGUGCGCUCGCCCUGCGCCUCGGCCCCUGUCAUGGCGGCUGGGGGGGGGUCGGAGCGGCGCGGCCCGCGGCGGGCUCGGUCUCAGUCUCUCCUCGCCGGCUGAGGGCAUUAACCAGGGCAAAGCGGCGCGGUGCCGCCCUGCUUCCCCCGGUUUGCCCGGUGUCACUUCAGGAGCGCCCCAGCGGUGAGCAGGCGGUGGGGGUGCAGCCUGUCCCGGAUCGCCCGGACCCCGCUGUCACACCGGGUGAAGAUCACACAGCACAGGCUCACAUCCUCACUCACGCUGUGACGGCUGCAACAAUGAGGAGUGGAAUCAGGAACCAAAGCCAACUCAUUAUACAGCAUCCAAAAGCUCAGACAUCUGAAGGUUGUCACAUUGCUCCAACACAUCUCUCUGUCACCAGGAAACUACUGACGCCAUCCCUGUGCCACUGGGGUGAGGAACCCACAGCACUGCACUGGUUCCACAACAGCACAGGCUGCCCCGCUCCACCACUGGAAGCAAACAGACUCUGCUGCUCAUCGUGGUAGAGGAGCACGUGAACAGAAAAGCACAGACAGAGUGUUUGGUUCAGCAAAGCCCCAAAUCUCCGUGACUCUGUUCACUCCCCCCAGGAAUUACAUAUGCACAAAUUGGGCCCAGUAUGUUUCAUACAGGGUAACUGGAGC